ACUUAUGUCGUAUUGUCAACAGCAAGUUUCGUAUCACUAUAUUAUUUUGAAAUAUAAUAUUUUUUACAACUUUGUACAACUUUACUGAAAUGGAAAUGAAUUAAUACGUGAUAUACUGACCGUAUUGGAAACAAUGUUUGAACCGCCAUAUUGCGAGUUGCCUGAAACGAUUAAGCGAGAAACAUUGCCUUACUACGAAUACUAUUUGGGUGAGAAGGAUAGGUAUGACAGGAGACAUGGUGUUGGGCAGAACUGCUGGACGGGUGCUGAGUCCAUCGAAUGGCAUUGCGGCCGCUUCGUCCGCGACACGAUGCACGGGCCCGGCGAAUACCGCUGUCGGUUUAAGGGCAGAGCAGGUCUGUUCCUUACAUACGAGGGAAGAUUGUACGUGAACCGCAUGCAUGGGUACGGGGUCAUGUCGUACCCGGACGGGAAAGUGUUCACUGGUUUAUUCAACAACGACGUCCGCUACGGCCCCGGCGUCGAGUCCUUCGCGGACGUCACCGCCAACGUCGGCCUCUGGCGUAGCACGAAGUUAGUCCGCCUAGCGUGGCGGCCGCUGCCCCCUGUGGCCCCUGAACUCGUGGCCUGGCCGGGAGGCCGAGCGCUCGUGGAUCCACAUCGGGUUGUGAUGCAGACUACUUUCAAAACUAUUGACAAAGUGAACAAAGCAGUAGAAUUCUUGAAACAACACGGCUCAGAUCCAGUGUCAGCAACAGAAAACUGGACUCGGCUGUACCCCAAACACUGCACGGACGUCGAGAGCCGACUGUGUCACGUCGAGCUUUUUGAUUACGAGUAUUAUGACGGGAAGGUGUAUUCGCUGAAGGAAUAUGACAGUGCUCAAAAUGAUGAGGACCUUGAAAAAGAAAGCCAAAACAGUUUGGAAUACUCAGGCUCAUACUAUGCAUGGAACAACGAUUCAGUAACCAUAGACAUGAUGAAACAUUGCUUUAAACAUGAAAAACAGAGAAAAGACGUGCAUAUGGACUUGGUGGCUGUGCUGAGUGGACUAAGGAGUCAAUUCAAGCCUCCGGCUAUGCAUGAAUUAGAUAGCAGGACUCUGCUAAUGGCCUGUUACUUGGGCCACGUGGCUACCACUACCUACCUGAUCAACGAGCGCGGAGUGGACCCGAAUGUCACCGACAAUGUAGGGAAUUCUGCUCUCAUGUAUGCUACUUGCGGAGACCAGGUCACCCUCAUAACCUUCCUAGCGGAGGGUGGUGCGAGAGUGAACAGUGCCAACGACUCAUGCUGCACUCCUCUGAGCGUGGCCCUGAUCAGGCUCCUGUGCGCUAGCAAAGACGUCCCAAGCAACGGGAUAUUGCAAGCCAUCGUACCACCACCGGCUGCUCCUGCUACCUCCGACCAACCAAUAGUAUUAGAUUGGAAUAUAACCAGGGAGACACAAGCAGAGCCAACGAAAAACACAUUAGGAAAGGUACCGAGCAAGAUCACCAAGAUGAACAUGAAGAAUAGAUCACUAACAUCUGUAAAAGAUCUCCCAACUCCUAGUAAAAGAAACAUAGACACAUUAAAACCAAUAGAUGAAGAUGAUCUUGAAAGUAAAUUGUAUAGAGAUGUAAAUAAUGAAUAUAUAAUCAAAGUAACAGAUUCACUUGAACCAGUGGCUCAGCCAGUAACAUAUCUAUUUGAGCUCAAUAAUAUGGUUGACGAAAUAAAUGCAGAACAAGCAAAAUUGGUACAACCUGAGAAAAAGGAUCCGAAAUCGAAGGCAUCCAAGGUGCUGAAGGAACCAACUAAGCCGAGUAAAGAAGCGAUGUGGCAAAAUUCUCAAAAAGACGAAGAUGCUUCGAUGGCCAGCGCCGAAAUCCGUAAAGCAGAAAUAUGUAGUCGAAUCAAGUUGACAAUUCUCACCCUUCUCGAAAAUGGAGCGAAGCCAAGCUUGGUGCGAUGUCCGCAACCGGCGCUCGUCAUGGCGAUCCUGUCCGGGUCCCCGGAUUUGGUGGCCCAGUUGAUACAUUACGGUGCUGAUGUUAAUGAGGUUUAUCCUCAGCAUUUAAACUACGCGCCACUAGACAUAGCAGUGUCCCUGCCGCUAAACCAAACGACUCUGGACUUGGUUCAAACACUGCUGAUCGGCGGCGCAAGCGCUGAUCAUCGGCUGAAUAUUCCUGCUUCGGAAAUGGAAGAGGCAGGGCAGAUGAUAGAACUGGGCCCGGGGCCGACGUUGCUCCAUUAUGUCUUGGCGAGGAGAGUGGAAAGCGAAUUCGAGGAGGAUAUUAGAAGACAAAUCAUUCACCUCUUGGUCGAAUACGACUGCGACCCUUUAGAGCGAUAUAACGGACGUUCAGCCCUCGACGAAGCGACUAAAAGCCUGGAUCUGCUGGACAUCAUCAUCAAGAAUCCCAAAACUAACUUGAAUGCUGCCAUUGACGAUUCUAACCAGACUAUUCUGGUCAAGAUGUUCCAUAUACCGUACUUCAAGACACUGGGUAAUGUGGAGCGGAGUCAAACGCUAACAAACCUUUUAUUGUUUGGAGCUGAUCCGUUGAUUGAGUGUGAAUAUGAAGGCAUCAAAUAUGAGAAUCUAUUCGUGAUGGUGAAAAAGACGUUAUUUGAGAUGAAUCCAUCUGGAGGGUCUAAGUCAAAAUUAUCCAGCCCACCCAAAAAAGUGGAAGCAAAACCAAGCUUGUCAAAGGUUAAAAAGCCUGAAACGAAAAAAGUAGAUACCUUAGCGUCCGAUGAUAUUGCGAACCUCAAGCAAGCAGUUGACCUGAUGACGGAGUGCUCAAGGAUCAUUUACAUCAGGUGGUUACAGACGCAGCUGGCUAAAGAAAUCAUCGAGGUUAUUGACAGAUACAAACACCGACAUUGGAGCAUGAUUAUCAAAGAAUGUAAGAACAAAAAAGCCGCCGGCCUUUGGAUUACUGCUCAACGUUGUUUCGAAAUUUGGGGGCGUCUUAAGACCGUUAAAAAGAAAGUUUACCAAGACAGAGUCGUAUUAUGGAACCUGCUUUGCAUUGCCCACUUCUUCCAUCUAAGGUCGGUGACGAAAUAUGGUUUUAACAAAGUGUCUGCUGCCGAAAAACAUGAGUCUGAGUCUUAUGCGAAUGAUAUCUUAAAAGAGAAUAAGAAGAGCCCAAUAGUGCCAUUGAAGAGAUAUGUUCAGCCAGAGCUCUUUGUUAAGGCGGAUGCCAAAUUCAACGUGUGCUUUGAAUGCUUCUUGCCCCUCACCGAGGACCGAAUCCUGUGCAAAUCCUGCAAAUUUGUGUCUUUUUGCAAUCUAGCCUGUUUAAAAGAGAGCAUUGAAAAGAGCAACGGCCACGGCUGCAAUGAUUAUCUCAUUCUUAAAUACUUCCCGGAACCACUGGAGACCAUUUAUGACGACGAACCUGUACAAAACGAACCGUCCGUUAUAAAAUAAAUAUAAUUUGUUUGUCUUACAUGAGUACUUACCUAGUAAUCAUUAAUUAUAUUAUUUUGUCUAGUAAACUUA